AAUUUACAAGCUUAUAAAAUAAAUACUUUUAAUCUAAUAAAACAUUCAUAGUUGGUUACUUCUAUGUAUAUUUUUUUAGAAGAUUAUAUUAACUUUUAUUAAGAUGAAGUACUUCUAGAUUCUAAAAUAUGCAACUAACUUUUUAAGAAAUAAUGGUCUUUACCUAAUAUUUUACAAUAUAACUUUUUACUAAAAAAACUUGAAACUUAUCUUUUAAGAUAAGGCAAAGAAGCAAUUAAUAUCUCUAAUAAAAUAAAUCCCUAACAAAUUAGUAACGAUUUAAAGGAUGAAGCAGUUGAUUUAGAUAUAUUUGAAUACUAAAUAAAUAAAGAAUAAGAUAUGUUAAUCAAAAACCCAUUUCUUACUGAUCUAUAAAAUUUGUUAAAUAUUGUCCUUUCAAAUAAUCUAAAUUAAAAUGUAAUUUACGAAUUGCACAUAAGAACAAACGGCUAAAAUAUGACAAAUUAUUAUACAUUUCAAGAUUAAGAAUAUUCGAAUAUUUAUUCAAAACUGAUAAAUUUAGACUAAGUUCACCUUUUACUUAUAAUUAAAAAUAGUUUAAAUGAACUUAAUAUAAAAUUUAUGUAAGUAAAUUAAAACAUAUUUAUUAUUUUUCAAGAAAUAUACCACGAGGUAAAACUAGAGGAGUUUUCAUUAAAGAAUUUUGAAAAGAUGAUCAAAAGAAUAGCUUAUAUGAAAGAAAUUUGUAAAUAAAUUUAAUUAUAAAAGUUUGGUAAUUUAAAGGAAUUAAGUCUAAACCUAACAAGAACUAUUGAUAUUGACGAAUAAAUGCAGUUAUUUAAGUGUCAUGAAAAUAUACUAGUUCUUGAAAUUAAAUUUCAAGAUUAUAGUGAAAUUAUGUUUGAAUUAAUCAAUCAAGUUAGAAAUCUUAAAAAAAUCAAUACUCUUGUUAUUUCUUAAAGUCAUCGAUAUGCUUAUAACUAGCUAAGGCAGAAAUAAUUUAACAGUUUACUUUAUAAAUUGAAAAAAGUUGUGGUUGUUAAAAAAUAAUACCAAAAUUAUUGA